UGCAAGCAAUGCCAGGAUAGCUAACAGGCGUCACUGUCAGUAGGCUGUGGCGUGACUGACAAAUCGUUCGCUUAUUUUGUCUACAGGUAGCACAUUAUCUGAAGCAAUGAUCCUCAAGGUGAAGUACCUGAAUGUAAAGAAAUACAUCAAAAUACCCGAGCCAUGCAUGGACUUAUUAAUGGCUGAAGUUAGACAAAAGUUUUCCAUACCAGAAGGCAAGAACUUGACUGUCACUGAUGAUGGUGGAACAGAAGUAGAUGCCGAUGUCUUUCCUGAAUUGGUGUCCAACGAUCUCUGUUUCGUCAUUCAUGAUGCUGAUUCAGGAGAGUUUUCUCUCAGCGAGUCCUCCAGCCUCACUGAUACAUGCUCAUUGACAAGCAGCCAGGAUAGCAUGGCUGAAGUAAGCCUCUGUAAACAAGCACGUUUGGAAGAAGAGUUGCUACAGAGUGUCCCAGCCAGAGAUCUUGUGAAAAAGGUGUUGUUGGAUAAACCUGGUGGAGCAGCAGUCCUGAAGGAGUAUGCGGACACCGGAAGUAUUUGUGACAGUUCCAGGCGACAAAUGGUCAACAUUUUAGCUGCACACAUGACUGAAACCGAAGGGAGAGUUCCACAACGGCUGACAAGGGAGAAAUAUGCCCUUGGUAUCAUAACCUUGUUCCCAUCUCUGAAAGACCCAUUGUCUAGGAAAGGCUAUGAACACUUCUAUGAUGCCCAAAGUGGGUCGGGUUUCCUGGCCUGGCGGCUGAAGACGAUCCAGAGGAAGACGAAGCUUCACUCUCCAACUCCAAAUAACCCCAAGGCUAUGACAGGAGGACCGACAUGCGCCAGGGACAUCGGCCAGGGCGGUGAGCAGGAUGAAUCGUGCAAGGAGGCCAUUUCCCUCAUGACGCACACGAAUGACAAUGACAUCAUCUUCCAGAAGAUGCGCGAAACCUUCGCAUAUAGACAGAAACUUAUCCACAGCCCAGACACUUCGGCCAGUGUUCUGUCGGUUUUCCCAAGAUUAUUGGACACGAAAGGAUUGGUUCUUCAAGAUUUCAGCCUCCUUUUUGGAUCAGAGAUAUCCACCAGGCUUCUUGAAAGGUGGCCUUCCUACAAGCCCAAGCUCAUCAAAGAAGCAUCGUCACUUGCCCAAACACCACUGUUGCAGCGACUGUUGCAGUCGGCCAGGGAGGAGCCAGUGUUGUCAUCUGCAGACAACUUGCAAGGAUGGGACAGUGAUAUGUCCACACUACUCCUGCUCUUGCACAUCCUGUCACCUCAGUCUACUGGGAGGAAGAGGACCUACAAGAUCAGCACAAGUCGAGCAAUGGACAAUCUCGUGGUGUUUCACAAGUCAUGCCAGAGCCUUGAUGAGCACCUUGAUGCAGAUGACCGUCGACAGCCAUAUCUGCUUGCUUCAGGACUCCACAAGAAAGCCAUCAGCAACUACUACAUCGUCAUGGAUAAGAAGCUAAUUCCUUGCCAAGGAAACACUUCUCUGGCGGCAUUCGACGAGCUCUUCAAGGUCCAUUUUGUUUUCAGUUUGAGCUAUGAUGAGAGUCUCCACACAAUGUUCACCUUCCUUCAGACCACGGUGUACAACAUCGACGUGGGAAGUACCAGAGAGUCCCCUAAAGUAAGAGAACUGAGAGCAAAGCUGAUGAAUGAUCAUGUUUAGGUGCUAUGUUUGUAAGUCACUUCAUAGUUCAGGAAGUUACCUGAUACAGCACCUUAAACUUUUACAUGGCUUGUAUCCUGGCAAGAAGUUAAAUUUGUGCGCACAGGAUGGUUUCUCUUUGGAGUUCAAAAGUUACUCUGGUUUCCGUAAGCAUCUUAAACGCUGGCACAGUGACGAUGCUGAACCAAGUUCUUCACAUGGACUAUCCUUUGGUACGCCGGCUCUGCCCCUGGAUAGAAGUUUCUCUUCUGAGGAAUCUUUGAACUUGCCUCAAAACUUGAGUGAAAAUGGACAUUCUUGAUAUGCACCACAGCAAACCAUUUGAUGUUCAGAUGCCCUAUGGGUGCGAUGCUUUGUUCUAUAUUGUCCCAGAUUGUUGUCUCUUCUGAACGCAAUGUGAUCAAAAUAAAACAUGUGUAAUAUUCCA